GUGAAAGGUGACUGUGGAAACAUGGUUGAACUCGGGGAUAUCCGCGUGGUUCACCGAGGUGGCAGUAAAAUUAACUUCAGACAGCCCGUCAUUAGUAAAGACUCCAGGUUUCUGCUAUGCGGCUCAGGAGAGUGUGUGAAGGUGUUCAGCUCCUCCACGGAGGAGUGUCUCCUCGACCUGCAGGGACACACCGACCUGGUCACAGGUGUGCUGCUCAGACCUGCCAACCACCUACAGGUCUACUCUUGCUCACUAGAUGGCACUGUCAGACUUUGGGACUUCACUGAUGGUAUUCUCAUAAAGACUUAUGUCAUUGGAUACCCCAUUUAUUCCCUCUACGCAUCUGCAAACCAUGAAGGGGUCAUCUUUGUUGUCAUCCCCAUGCAGAGUGACAGGAGAUCUGAGUUGUUCCAGCUGGUCGCAGUAAAUCUGCCACAGUGCGGAGAUCAGCUGGUGGAGGCCAGAGAGCUCUCUGCUGUCCUCAGCAACGUCAGCUCCAACCCAGCAGCCAUCGCCUUCGGUAGAGGGGGAGAAUAUAUUGCUGCAGCUAAAGAUUUGCAACUAGAGGUUUACUUCUUCAAGAAGCAGAAGUCAUACAGGUUUUUGCUCAAAGAGGACAACAAGAAGGGAGGCAAGAAUACAUUUAGAUGCAUCUCCUGUCACCCAAAAGAUGAUUGCAUCGCCACGGGACACGAAGACGGCAAGAUCAGGCUGUGGAGAAACUUCAACCACAAAAAGGAGUACACGUACUCCACCAUGCACUGGCACCACACUGCUGUAAGCUCACUGUGCUUCACUCCAGAAGGUACCAACCUGCUGAGUGGAGGUGUAGAGUCAGUGCUCGUCCAAUGGCGGUACAACCAAGAGAGCCAGCGGGACUUCCUGCCCCGUCUGGGUGCUGCCAUCACACACAUCAUCGUCUCCCCCGAUGGAUCACUGUUUUGCACCUCGCAUAGUGAUAACAAAAUCACAAUCAUACAAAGUUGUGUUAAAGUAUCAGCUAUCAUUCAGGGACUGGUCAAAGGUGAAGAUGUCAAGACAGACCUGAUGGUGGAUCCACGUAGCAAAGCUUUGGUGCUGAAUGGAAAACCAGGACACCUUCAGUUUUACUCCCUACAAAGAGACAAGCUGUUGUACAAUCUUGACAUCGUGCAGCAGGAAUACAUUCAUGAAUCGGGCCUUGAGCAGUUUGAUGUGGUCAAAGCAGCAUUUAAUGGCUCUGGUACCUGGCUGGCAACAGUGGAGGAAAGAAAGCAGAAAGGAGCUGAGCUGGAGCUUAACUUGAAGCUGUGGGCGUUUGAUGACCAAACACAGAGUUUUGUGCUGAACACCACCAUCUCGGCCCCCCACGAGGCGCGGAUUACAGCCAUGUGCUUUGACCAGGCAUUCAACAGCCAGACCACCAUGCUUGUCUCCACCAGCAGAGAUGGACACUUCAAAGCCUGGCAACUGGCUGCACCAGCCCACACAGAAGAUGAAGGUCCUUCCUGGUCGUGUGAUUUUGUCGGAGCCUAUCACAGCCUGGUGCCCGAGUGCUGCUGCUUCUCAGCUGACGGCUCUCUGUUGGCAGUCAGCUUUCAGGAGGUGGUGACUGUGUGGAGCCCAGCCUCCUGGGAGAUCCUGGCCACUCUCUCCCAGCCGCCAGGAGUUAUCAGAGAUCUUUCUUUUGGCCGACUAAGCUGUUCCAAGUACCUGCUGGGAACAACCACCAGCAAGUUGCUGUGCUGCUGGAACCUCCUCACCUGCUCCUUGGAGUGGAGCACGUCCAUGGACAUCAGUCUGCUGCUCGCUGACCCACUCUCGGAGAACGUGGCUGCCUUCUGCGUUCAGGCAGAAUCCACUGACUUGUUUGUGUUCAAACCGAGUGAGCCAAGGCCGAUGUUUUCCCACAAGGCCGUGUGCUCAGGGAGCGUUACUCGUGCUGUUUUUGCCCCAAGGGAGGUGAUGUUGGACAUGUGUGAGGAGAGCAGCCAGUGGCUCAACCAGUCUCAACUUUACUUCUUCACACAGCACAUGGACCUCCUGACGUUCAUGACCAAAGCAGAGGAGGACAAGCUCAUGGCUUCCUACAAACAGCUUGUGAUUGAUGACAGUGUUGCCAUGACCCCCUUCUACCUGUUGCUGGGGAAACAUCGGCAUCAGCAACAAGAAGAUCAAGGGAGCACCGUGUUUUCUGAGCAUGCACGUCUGCCUCAGAGCUCGGUCGCCAUCAAAGAGCUUCUGCAGACCCCGGCCCACGUCCUGCCCUCAACCUCGUUCCUCUGCUCCAUGUUCGUAAAGUCUCUGCUAGUCUCCGUCACAGAUGCCAAGGAGGAAAAUAAACAGGCAGAAGAGGAAAUUGAGAGUGAGAAAGAGGAAGAAUCUUCAGAUGAGGAAAUGGAAACCCCGAGACCUGAGCAGGCUCCAUCGGGGGACCAGGAGUCCGAGUCUGCUGGUCCGCUCUUAACAAAAGCUCAACUAAGGGAACUGAGAAGGGUGAAGAAACUUGACCACAGCUGGUACACAGGCCUCCUGGACUCUUGAAAAGAGUAUUUACAAAAGCAGAUGGACACACAGGCGGUGCUUAUUGAAAGUUUGCACCCGCCAUAAGUAUGAAUGUUUUUUUCCAUUUUACUGUUUUCUGCCCUCAAAUAACAUUUCUUCAGAAAAGGAAGGAAACCAACACCUAAGAGGAAACUAAUUGCUAUAAACACAAAGCAAAUGAUUGAUUGGAAAAGCAUCAGCUGCUUUGGCAAAAAUUUGAUCAAUCUGUCAUUAAAAAAAAAAAUCCCCCUCCAGUGUUUUUUUUUUUUGUUGUUGUUUUUUUUUUUUUUUUUUUUCCAUGUUAAUUUCACUGGGGCAGUGUUUUGCAAGUGUCCUGCAGUUUUUCUUGUUAAAACGCUGCACUGCUUUUAGUUGUCUUUGUACUCCACCUCACCUAAAUAUUCACAAUGGUGUUUCUAAGCCAUUCCUGUGAAUAUUAUAUUCCGGUUUAUGUUUGCAGUCAUUAUCUUCCCACAUAUGAAUUCUGUCACAACCCUUUUCCCCUCAAACUCUCAGAUCACCAAAUUAACAGCAACGAGAUCAGUUUUUCUGACAGCUUGUUCCGCUAUUCUCAUUUACUGAUGCCUCAAACAUGAGUGUGCAAGAGCUCUUUUACAAAUGUAAUCACAAUUCAGAGAGAAGUGUUCUGUAUGAUUCUACUGUGUAGGAGCUGCAGGCAAUAUCACUUUUGUUAUUGUUUUUUGGUUUCUGACUUUAAAAGGUCUCUUUCGCACUUUGUGUUUUAGAUUUUUUUUAAUGAAACUGCUUUCAUUAGCGAGAAGACGGCAAGCACACAGGACAUGAAAGAGUGGAGAGGGGGCUGACAUACAUAUAGUCUGUAUAGAAAUGACUGCAUUCUCAACUUUCUAAAUCCCUUCAGGAGCAUUCAUUUACACUCAUGACUGUCACGUAUUUUUCUACACGUGGAUAUUUAAUAAACUGAGCUUUUCAUAAAGCUUCCAGUCUGGAGAUCUUUGUGUCCUUGCUCUAAUGUAUCUGUUUAUUCCACAGUCCAAUCAUGCAGCCUCUUACAUUAUCAGUAUUGUGUUAUGCUGUUGACUUCUGCUUUAUUAGAUAUGAAUACGGACAUAAAGAUGUAUUUGAUGAAUCAGU